UGAGAAGUCUUCUUGGUUUCAUCAGUGGUCUCACCUCGGAGAUCCGCUUUAUUAUGGAGCGCAUCGGCAAGACGGUCGUGCUUGUUGGACGAGAAAUUCCCCCUCCGGUUUGGUUUGCUAAUCAACAUAAAUACGAGGCCGAUUUUGCGAAGAAAUUUACUACAUGGGAAGACGAAGCCGCUAAGUUCAAAGGCUCAUCAACGCAUUAUUCAGUAUAAUUUCGUGAAUAUCCAUAUGGUCGUUCGCUCUGC